AAUUCCAACAUAGUAACCACCUGAAGUAGAAACAUUAAUCCUCUUUAACAGUUUUGUUUCAAAUGAAGAAGAAUUAUAAACACUCUCCUCUAAUCUUUCUCCUUGCUCUUUUACUUAUUUUCUUCACUACAUUUACAAUGGUAUCAGUUGAGGCUAGGAAACACCAUACAAAGAAGAGCAAAAUACACCACAAACAUAGGAAAAAUGGAGGUGGAAAUAAAGCACCAGGUUGUUCAGAGACUCCUUCUCCCACCCCAACUCCAGCUCCUUCUCAUGGUUUUUACCCUACAGAGCCUCCCAUUUUUGAUAUCUUGUCCUUUGGAGCCAAAGGUGAUGGAGUUUCUGAUGAUUCCAAGGCACUUGAAGCAGCAUGGGAAGCUGCUUGCAAAGUCCAAGGGGCUACUCUACACAUUCCUUCAGAAUUCCAAUUCUUAAUCAGUCCCAUUACACUUCAAGGACCAUGCAUGCCUAACUUUAUUUUUCAGGUAGAUGGAAUUCUCUUGGCUCCUUCAAAAGUAGGAACCUGGCCCAAAUCCAGCUUGUUCCAAUGGUUGAAUUUCAAGUGGAUACACAAUUUUACCAUCCAAGGAACUGGCACUUUUGAUGGCCAAGGCUAUAACUGGUGGAAACUUUCUCAAAUUGAUUAUUUCCAGGAGAUGAAGACAUCUAAAAGCAUUCCUGAUAUAAAACCGACUGUUUUACGAUUUUAUGCUAGCUAUAAUGUGACGGUUCGUGAUAUCAAGAUUAUGAAUAGUCCUCAAUGUCACCUAAAAUUUGACAACUCUAAAGGAGUAAAAAUCAAUAACGUUACAAUCUCUGCACCAGAAAGUAGCCCAAACACUGAUGGUAUUCACCUUCAAAAUUCUCAAGAUGUUGAGAUCCAUCAUUCCAAUAUAGGAACAGGAGAUGAUUGCGUGUCAAUUCAAACUGGUUGCUCCAAUAUUCAUGUCCAUCACAUAAAUUGUGGUCCUGGACAUGGGAUAAGCCUCGGAGGACUAGGUAAAGAUAAAAGCGUUGCAUGCGUUUCAGACAUCAUUGUUGAGAACGUGAACUUGGAAAGCACUAUGUAUGGUGCACGGAUUAAGACAUGGCAGGGUGGUCUUGGAUCUGUGAAGAACAUAUCAUUUUCGAACAUUCAAGUGUCAGAUGUUAAGGUUCCAAUCAUGAUUGAUCAAUAUUACUGUGACAAGCAUGUGUGCAAGAAUCAAACAGGAGCUGUAGCAAUAUCCAACGUUAAGUUCAAUCAGAUAAUAGGAACUUACUCUGCCAAGCCAAUUCAUCUAGCUUGCAGUAACUCAACUCCAUGCACAGACGUUGAUCUAAUUGACAUUCAAUUAAAACCAUCGUUGAAUUAUCGGGGAAUUCAGCAGGGAUUGUGCUGGAAUUCUUAUGGAAAAUCACAAGCACCACUUCUUCCUUCAAGUAUGGAUUAUUGUGUAAGAAGGGGAAGUGGUUUUGUUAGAAGAAUAUCAAGAUCCCAUGAAAAUAUUUGCUCGUAAAAUUUUAUGUAUAGCCAUUAUAUUUCCUAGUUUUUUUUUUGUCUUUCAGGUGUUGUUGUAAAUUUGUGUCUGUUUAAAUUUUCCUUGGUUGUUUUCUCUUUCCUCUAUGUUUUUGCGAUGGGAAGGCACAACUUCUAGCCAGUCUAGAAAUAUGCGAUAUAUAGAUGAAUUUUGGGCUGUA